UUAAUUUUGUUAGCUCGAAAAAUAUUCCCCCAAAAUUUCGCUUCACAUAAAAAAUUAUGGCAACUCCGACAUAAAUGUGCUUUUGGUGUUAUUUUUCUUUGUCCAUCAGAUUAAUAUAGUAUCCAAUAGUUUGAUGUCCUGUCGAUAGAAAUAAGCGAAAUGUGCCCCUGCCGUAUACGUUGCUGCUUCUUGUAUAGCUUGAUUAUCUUCUCCUUCGUUUACUACUAUAACGAUGUGGUGGUCGACUACCUAGUCUUCGAGGAGCAGCAUCUUGUGGAGAAAUACUCUGUGGACACCAGGGGCUGUCGUAUGCUGACUAUGGCUCAAAAUGAAUACGACGUGAUGUUCCUGUGGGGCGGCCUUCGUAGAGACUUUUGCGCCAGCAAUCUGAACUUGUCAUCCUUCAGCAAUUGCGAACACAACUACCUGAGGACGAAAGUGAAUAUAGUGCUUGCUAGAGCGAGGUACGGAGUCGAGACUUUGGAAAGUUUCAAGUGCAUGUAUUAUGCAAUGGAGCGAAACACCGAUUUCGACAAUCGCCACUUGUAUAGUCGGGAAUUCGCGUUGCUCGCGGAUGGUAAUAAUACAAUCGAACCACAUGCGGAUAUCAUAAGGGCUGAGUGCUUUAUCAACGCCACGAGCAUCUACAACGGCGUUCAUUUCUACGUUCAUCCAACUGACGAAUGGCUGCGCAACACCCGGGGUCUUCCUCCUCGAAAGUUGGCUUCCGACGUCGGCAGCUUGUCUGUGUUGAUCGUGGGCCUAGAUUCCAUUUCCCAAAUGCAUUUCCACAGAAGCAUGGCUCGCACAGCCAACUUUCUGCUAUCCCUUCCGCACGUGGAACUUAAGGGGUUCCAUCGGCUGGGUGAUGACAGCUUUGAUAGUCUGAUGCCGUUGCUUAGCGGCUUGAGUGGGCAAGAAAUGAAGGACCUUUCGUCGAACCUCAGCAGCCUGGACAGCUGUCCUUUUAUCUGGAAGGUUUUCCAAAAGGCCGGCUAUGAAACGGGCCUGGGCGAGGACAACAUAGACAAGACUCUGUUUGGGAAGGGGUUUCGCAAGCCACCAACGGACUUUUACCUCCGGCCUGCUCUUCUUGAGAUGUGGCUGAAAACGAGAACGGACGGAUUAUUUGGCACCCACUGCAACGAGGAGGACAAUUACGCAAUGGUGCUUAGGGAGUUCCUAUUCAAAAUGCUUCCCCAUCAUAAGGCGCACAGGUUCUUUACGUUCCUGUGGUGGACCCAGGGCAUCGAUCACCUGUUUAACUACGCCCGGAAGCUGGACCAACCGUUCCUGAAAAUGUUCAAAGCCUUAGCACAGAAUGGCAUCCUUGAGCACACGAUGCUCUUGGUGGUUUCCAACCACGGGCUAAAUAAGGGGCGAUUUUACAAAACCGUGCAGGGCAAGGUGGAGGAGAGUCGGCCCCUGGCCAUGCUUUGCUACCCCAGGUGGCUGGAAGAACGAUAUCCGCAGGCCCUAAGCAACUUGAAGAGUAACAACCGUCGCCUGGUCACCGCCUUCGAUUUACACGCCACUCUUCUGAACUUUCCCCAUCUGACCUACCUGGAGGAUCAGCAACUGCAGCAGCGCAGACUAGAGUUAUGGGCAAUGGGCAAAGACAUUCCGCGAGGAAUAAGCCUUUUCUUGCCUAUUCCGGACCAUAGAGACUGUUUCUUGGCCGCCAUACCCACCGCUUACUGUCUGUGUCAGCAGCCUACAAAUGUUCCAACUUCAAAUGGCUAUGUUCUGCGGGCCGCACGCCUCAUUAUUCGAAACGUCAAUAAGAUGAUCCGCUCACAUACUCCGCCUUGCAAGACUUUGUACCUGGAUCAGGUUUUGACUGCCGACAAGUGGAGACGCAUCGCAGAUGAGCAUCAGUCGGAGUUUAGGCUUCGACUGUUAGCCACUCCUGGCGAGGGUCAGUUCGAAGGAAUCGUUAGGUAUACGGGAUAUAAGCUAGCAGUCGACGGCCCUAUAACCCGCCUUAAUAUCCAUAGAAAUGUUUCGCAUUGCAUUAGAAACUACUUGAUUGACAUGUAUUGCUUUUGUCCUUAAGCCACCACUUACCUCGUUUGA